AAAUUAUGACCUCUUAAGUGUUUAUAUUAAAGAAUUCUGACGAGUCGACAGACAAAAACGGACAAAGGGUGAUCACACAAAAGCUCACCUUGAGCACUCAGUUUAAAUCUGAUAAAUGUGAUAAUUUCAAUACUAAUAGAAAUUUUUUAAACACAGUUAGAAAAGUGCACCACAAACCUGGAGUUUAUCAAGACACUAGAGGAGGAGGGUGUUAGCAGACUGACUUCCAAAAGAAAGACUCCUGAAACAAGAGCUAAAAACCGGGAAUGGCCAGCAUCUAGUGGAACAGUUGAGGCACCAUACACAGACGAAAACCAAGAAUUGACAAUUCUUAAAACCAAGAAUGCAGGAAAGUUCACAGUUGCCGUGGAAAGAUUAUCACCAGGUAUGAAGGAGUACUUGAUCAGGCCAAUAUCUGAGGCAUGGGUACAUAGCAUUAAGGAUUCUAUUAAAAUGACACCAACAAGUUCAGUGACAAGACUGCCAGUCCUACUGGAUCCAAUUCAAAUAACAAGCAUGGAGGAUUUCAGUCCUGAAAUACUUGAAAAUGACAAUGUAAAAUUGAUUACACUGGGAGGUAAUCAUUUGACAACAGCUAUUCAAGAGUUGCUUCAUGAGGAGAGACAAAACAGUAUGUUCGACUGUCUAAGAGAAAUUGACAUAGAACUUUUCAUUGGAUUAACUGUCACUGAAGGAAAAUUUAUAGCAAGUAUACACAAUCAAAAAAGUACCACAAAAGAAGUACUUUUCCAGGAGAAGAUAGCAGUAUGCCGUGAGAUUUACAACAUUUAUGGAGAAACUGAGGAAAACUGGAAAGAACUUGUGGCAGCUUCACUUGGCUAUUUACUAGGACAGACUGUCAAGAAAGACAGUAUCAGCACAAUCCUUGCCCCAGCAAGUUAUGAUACAACUAAUUAUGAACUGGCAGCGAGGAUUUUUGAUGAUUAUAGACAAAGUCACCCUGACAAAAGUUUUCCACAACUUCUGUUCAGAAGACUAUUGGGAAUUUCUGAAAAGUGCCGCACACCAUACCUAUCAAGAAGUAUAGGCACAAAUGGUCUUAAGCAGGCACGUCAAGUGCAGAAAGACAUUUGCACUGAGAACCUGAAAAACCUGUUUGUAAGGGAACUAGAGGUAGCUGACUGGGCUGAGGCGGAAGACAUAUAUCCAGAUGAGACAAUCGAAUUAAUGGAAUUUGCAGACAUGGAAGUAACCACAAAAAAAGUACCCAUACGAAUUCUGGAUUUCCUCAAAAAAGUAAAAACGGGACAGAGCCAAGACCAGGAAAAUGAAAAAGAAAUGUGUCGAAAUAAUUAUAAAAAUAGAUGGAAAAAUAUACUCAACCAGCAACAUACAUGUUGAACAAGCAAAGACAAGGUGUAUAAGGAAGUUGAAGAAAGAAAUAAGGAAAAUAAAGUUUGCAGAAGAAUAGUGACUGGUCAACAAAAUCAAUCAAAAUCAACAAAAUAUGGGUUUUAAUACAAAAAAAAGUUUCUUUCUUUUCUCCAGUUUUACAGACAGGUAACAUUGCGUGAUCUGGCUUAUGACAUAAAAAGUAAUAUUUCUUGAAAAAUAAUGAUGAUAUUUCUUUCAAACUUGGUCCAUUUAUUAAGCAUAACAAAUGAUACUUAAUAGUUAUAGUAUGUGUGAGAGUGUGUUACAAGGAUAUAUCAGAGCUAGGGGUACAUCGAGGGUAUUUUUCUCUGCACAUAUCGUCGAGGCCGGUAGGCCGAGACAGAUAUGUGCAGAGAAAAAUACCGAGAUGUACCCCUAGCUCUGAUAUAUCUUCGUAACACACGAGCAUUACAUAUUAUAACUGUUUUAUCGCAUAGUUUUAUCAUUAAAAUUUAUAUAUUAUUUUCAUUUAAAUUUGUUUAUUAUCAUUUUUACUCUUUUGAUUCCCUUUCUGCACCUCGCUGACUAAAACACUAAAACUUCUGUUUUAAAAAAAAGUCUUCCCCAGAUAAAAGUAUCCAACAGAUUUCUGCAUUGGUUUUAUAUCUUUGCAUUUCAUUGGCCUAACAUAUUCUAAAACUUGUUUUGUUUGUAAAAAAAAUCAAAUUGAGAAAUCUCAGAAAUUCAUAUAUUUCAUGUAUUUCGGAAUUUGGCAAUAACUUUCGAGUUUUUGAAAUAUUCUAGUUUAUUUAUUCUUUUACUUUAUAAAUGUACCGGUAGGUGUUUGUGAUAAUUCUUUCUCUGUGAACUGUAAAUUGGAGCUAAAAUCAUCUUUUCUUUGAAAGGAAAAAAUUAUACUCCCUUGAUAGGACUUCAAUAGAGAAAAAGUGAUGCGAUAUAUAUCGGAACAGUUUUACUGUGCUGAUAUAUAUCGCAACACUUUUUUUUCUAAUGAAACUCUAUAGAGAUUUCUGUGUACUGUUGAUAUAUAUCGUAACAGUUUUGUAAAAUAUCAGCACAUAUUUUGUAGUAUUAAUGUGUGUUACCAUGUUUAACAUACUGCAAAGAUCAAAGGAAAACUGCCACACUAUGCAAUAAAAGUAAGAAUAAAAAUAAAUUGGCUGCAUUCAGUUUUGGUAGAAUUAUUUCCCAUUUUCAGAUUUUUUUUAGGCAUAAUCUUUGAAGUCCAAAAGAAAAGGUUCUAAAGAAGCUGCAUUCAAUAAACGCCUGAUGCUCCCGGCGGCAACCUUGACGAUAGAAAGCAGCCCAAGUCCAAAAUGAGGACAAGGUCAAACUGAGGUCAGGUGAUGUUGGAACAUGAGGAAUGGUCACAGGUUACAUCUGCAUUAGUAUCAAUUCAUUCUUGUAAGCGGUGUUAAUGCUAGACAAAACGAUCCCAUUUGGUUAACCAAGAGAUGGCCCAUAUAAAGCAAUCUAAAUCCAAAAUGAGGUCAAGGUCAAACUGAGGUCAGAUGAUGUUUGAAGAUGAGGAAUGGUCACAAAUUACAUCUGUAUUAGUACCAAUUCAUUCUUGCAAGUGGUAUUGAUGCUAGACGAAACGGUCCCAUUUGGUUAACCUCGUACGUACGGACAGACGAACGAACAGACGGACUGACAGGGCGAUCACUGUAUAUGCCUCCCGCAUCAGUAGAUGCCAGGGACAUAAGAAAGGUUAAAUGGCUUUCUAAUGCUCUAAAUUAUUGCGCUAGUACAUGAAUAUAUACAUUACUCUUCUUUUACUUACAACAUUAUGGAGAAAUAUUAGUUCUAAAACAAGGAGCUGCGUUCAAUAAAUGCUUGAUGCCACCGGUGGCAUCCUUGUCAAUACAACAGAGCUCCAGAUAAGCUUUUGGUGCAAUUGGGUAUUUACCCAUCACUUUUUGUCUGAAUUGGGUAUUGGAAAUUUGAAUUGGGUAAAAAUAAUAUCAUUACCCAGCCUUUUCAGAAGUAAUUGGGUAUUUGCUAAAAACAA